UCUACCAGGUUUUGGUGAAUAUUCAUGAUUUUGAGGCGGAAGGAUACAAGAGUUGAGAGGUUGGUUAGGUUGAAAUGUAGGGUCCAAAAUUGCAUGUUUUCUUGUCUCUACUUCCAGCUUGUGUAUCUCAAGUUUUCCAUGGUGAACCUCAUACGUGCUUUUGGGCAAGAGGUUGCCACAUGUUGCUCCAUCUGUGGUAGAAAGUGUUCUACCCAACGAAAAUUUGGGAAAAAGUUAGAGCCGGUCUAAGAGACGAGAAUUAACAUUAAAGUCAAUGGGCAAAUGUUUAGUGAUCUGUGGCCAUUUAGUUUCGUUCGAAAGUAGUGUAUUUUAAUUAAGGAAGUAUCUACCGUUGGUGUUUAAACUUUACUUUAAACUGAUUAAAAGGAAUUUCAUAUUAUUUACGGUUUAAGAUAAAAAUAGACUUCGUGAGUUUAGUCAAGACGAUUGAUAUUUGUGAUGUGAGCUGAACAAUAAAUGUCGAACUGUUGUUUGACAGAUUAGGCGAAAACCUUAAUAUAGUCCACCAAAUUGGUCAUAUAUCAGAUUUACUGGCAACAUUAUCACCCCAGGAAAUGGCUGGAUCUAUAAUUGAAGCUGCUAGGGCAGGAAUGUAUAAAGUUGUGUUAUCUCAGAUAGAACAUUGUGGUGAUUUAGCUCUGCACUAUACUGAUUAUAAGCAGGAAAAUGUAUUACACCUAAUUUUACACAGUUACACUUUACCAGCCAUCACUUUUGGGAACAGACAUGAGUUGUUACAGUGUGUAAUUAAGUUAGUUGAAGCUGGUGUAGAUGUCAACCAUCUGAAUAACUAUAACGAGACACCUAUUGUUAUAGCUGAUAGUUAUAAGUUGUAUAAAGUUGUAAUGUAUUUGUUAGAACAUGGCGCGCAUGUUCAUUAUGUUGAUAUUAACGACCAAGAUAUUCUGCACCAUUUAUUAUAUAAUAUAUACGAUAUUGACCAGGAAGAUGUUGAACAGUAUUCAAAGGAUUGUAUUCAGGUUGUUAAAACUCUGAUAAACAUGGGAAUAGAUGUAAAUAAACCCGACAAUCGUGGUAAUAUCCCCUUGUUCUAUAUAGCAAGACACAGAGUCCCGUUAACCUUAAUUUUAUUCACAACAAGAAAUAUCAUUAGAUUACAAUUUAUGUUGAUCACUGCAUUGAUCUCUGCUGGUUGUAAUGUGAAUCAUAAAAAUAAAAAAAGACAGACGCCAUUAAUGUACUACACAAGAAAACAAGUUGAUGUCAGUAUCUUAAAACUGUUAAUUGAAUAUUCUGAUGUCAAUCUGACAGAUAAUAAUGGUGAUACAGCGUGUAGUUAUUGUUUUCAAUAUCCCUUGUUAAAUUCUCAUAAUAUAUUUAAACUAUAUUCUCGCGGGGUACUGAUGUCUCCUAACAACGGAGUGAAAUUAUUUCACCAGAUUCUUGCGUGUAAGAGGUUAGAGGUGUUCAAUUAUUAUAUGGGAUUAAAGUUGAUUAUUAAUGGUCCUACAACCGAAGGAAAAAUAUUCUACAUCUGUUAG